UUGAAAAUUAUGGAAAUUGAAUCUGAGAACUCGGAGCCUGCUCAGUUAAUUAAUAAUGCUUGUCGUAAUCACCGAGAUUCUAAUAAGGAGAAAAAAUUAUUGGACAGGUUAAGCAGACAUGAUUCUGAUAGUCAUCAUGAUGUAGAAGAGCAUUCACGUGAUGAGAACAGUAGAAAGAAUAGUAAAAAAAUGUUAUGUCUAAUGACAGUAACAUUUUUAUUUUUUGUUGUUGAACUCGUUGCUGGACUACUGAAUCGUUCUGUUGCUCUAUUAGCUGAUUCAUAUCAUAUGUUAUCAGAUGUAAUGGCUUUAUUUAUAGCUUUAGUUUGUUUACGCAUAUCAAUGAAAAAAUCGAAAAAAAACGGUUUUGGAUGGGUUAGAGCAGAAGUCUUUGGAGCUGCUGUCAACGGAGUAUUUCUCUUAUCAACAUGUUUUCUUAUAACCUUAGAAGCUUUUGAACGUAUCUAUCAUCCUAAGCCUAUGACUCAUCCAACUCAGGUAUUGGCUGUCGGUAUCAUAGGGUUUAUUAUCAAUUUAAUUGGUAUGUCUAUGUUCCAUGGUAGUCAUGGACAUAGUCAUGGAGGGUCAGGAGGACAUGGUCACAGUCACGGUGGUGGUGGAGGACACGGUCACAGUCACGGCCAUGUUCGUAUUCGUGAGGAUCCUAUCAAUGCUGGAGAAGCAUUAGAGCUCUGCUCGCAAGAGGAUGAAGAUAGCAAAGUUACAAGACCAUCAAGAUCGAUGAGUCAUUUGAGCAAUACAUGCUCUCAUAAUCAUUUGGCUCUUCGCUUUGUCAUGGAAGAUAAUGAUCCGAGUGAUUUCGAUUCGGAUGACACAUCUGAUGCUGCUGCAAUAGCAAUGAAACGUCAACAAGAACAAGAAAACUUGAACAUGCGUGGUCUUUUCCUUCACAUAGUGUCUGAUGCUAUAGGAUCAGUAUUUGUUAUAAUAACAGCAACUUUGGCUAUUUUCUUCCACGAGUACUUGGGAGACAUACUGUAUUAUCUUGAUCCAGGCUUGAGCUUAAUUUUGGUCUCUUUAAUAUCUUUUUCUGCUGUGAGACUUGUUAGAGAAACAGCCGAUAUAAUACUUGGACGACCACCCAAGUUUAUUGACCAAAAUGCUUUAAAAAAGGAUAUGGCUAAGGUACAAGGAGUAGCUCAUGUUGGGGCUAUUUCCAUUUGGACUCUUGUAGCAAGUCGCCAUUUAGCCACUGCUGAAGUGAUCUUUUGUAAUGCAGCAGUGUAUGAGGAAGCUUUACCAAAAUUGCGCAAAAUAUUCCACGGUAUGGGAAUUCACUCACUCACAGUAGACCCAAUCUUCUCUCAGGAAAGAUGUGAUGUAUCAGAAGUAAAGGCAACCUCUGAGGAAGGCCUUUGUGAAGAUACAUCAUGA